GAUGUGCAUUGUGUUUGGCGAUUUGAUCGACGGCAUGGGAGCCGGUGCAUCCUUGCCAACCGACCUGUCGCCAGAGAUGGCUGAACAGAUGAAUGCAGGCAUGGCAGCCAUGAUGAACAAGAUGGAGGAGCUCUGCGUGACGAUGUGCCUCGUUGGUCUCGGCUCCUUCAUCGGGGCCAGCCUCCAGGGAUCUUGCUUCAAGAUCUUCGCCGAGCGGCAGGCGUUGAAGUACCGCUCUCUGUACUUUGAUGCAGUGCUGCACCAAGACGUCGGAUGGUUUGACCAGAAGGAGAUCGCCGCACUUCCAUCAGAGAUUAACGAUGAUCUGGAAAAGAUUCAAGACGCCUUUGGUGAUAAGUUUGGCAAUGGCAUCAUGUCUCUCUCAGCCUUCCUGGGCGGCUUUGGCUGCGCGUUUGGAAUGGGCUGGCUCAUUGCUCUUGUGUAUGCGAAGGCCGCUGCUGUGGUGGAGGAGUCCGGGGUGGGCGCGGGCAUGGGCUACACGAUGAUGAUUGUCUUCCUGGGCUACGCUCUCGCUUUCUGGUUUGGCAUGACUCUGCGCUACAAUGACCAGAUAAAUCCGGCCACAGGUGCGGAGUGGAAUCCUGGCACGAUCAUGUCCAUUUUCUUUUGCAUCUUCAUUGGCAGCUUCAUGAUCGGAAACCUGGACCCCAGCUUGAAGGCAAAUCUGCUGACUUGA